AUGGAUUCAAUCGUCUCUAAAGUACGCGUUGAGCUCGUUGACCUUGCUGCAACUUAUGCAGCUGAUAAGCACGAAAAUCGAGCCUUAUUUACUAUCCUCGACGAGGGUAUCCGAAUUAAGGACCUUGAACAGUCCAAGGAGCUUAGAGACGAAAUGAUGUACCUGUUCGAGGAUGAAUAUCCAACAAAACCUGCAUGGCCAAAGACAGCUCUAGAUAUAGCAAGUGCGAGCACAGAGCACUUAAUUGGAGGAGAGCCAGGCAAUAUAAUGCUUGAAAAUAAGAAGUUAGACGAAACGAAUACAGAGAGAAGGCUUCUAGGUACUGGAGGCCUAGAUAACGAGAAACCACCCAAGCCUGUAGUGAAAGACGCCGUAAGCAUGGCAAACCCCUCUGAAGAUUUCUAUUAUUCUUGGGCAAAUGACUUCCACUAUAAUACAGACGGUUCGUCCAGCGAUGGGAGCGAACUGGACGAUGAUGUUGUGAACGGAGAAGAGAAGAAUUGGGAGAACGCAGACAUUGGAAGAUAG